UAACGUUUAAUGUGCACAAAUUAGGUAACUAAUUAUUUAGAUUCCUUGUUUGAUAGUUGAUAAAAUUUUAUGAAUUUCACAGUGAUGGAUGGAAGCAUCAUCUUCAUUUUCAUCAACUUCUCAUCACACUUAAUAAUAAUAAUCAAAUUUUGAAUUUAUCUAUGAUUGUUAUACAGUCCAAUUUUCCAUAGAUAGUUACCUGUUUCUUUCACUUUCUGAUUCCACAGCUUCACACACAUUCACAGGCACAUAUAUAUGCACAAAAAGACACAAACCUUUUCAUUAACUUGUUUCCUUUUUUUUUGUUAGUCUUUGGUUCUCACCCUCUUCUUUUCCUUGUAUGCCUAUUCCUUCAACAAUAAAAAUCCAAUUUUUAUUCUUUUUGACCAGUGUUUCCCCUCCUCUCCUCCAUUUUGUUCUAGAUCCAUAAAAGCAAGAAGCUUUAUCGAUAACUCUGGUUCGUUUUGUUAGAGGAAAGAAGAAAAGAUGACCAUGGAGAAUGGUGUUGAUGAUAGCAGUGAUCAGUUCCCCAAAGGAAUGCGUGUUCUUGCAGUUGAUGAUGACCCCACUUGCCUAAUGGUUCUAGAAACUCUUCUCAGAAGAUGUCAAUAUCAUGUUACCACAACUAGCCAAGCAAUAAAGGCAUUGAAGCUGUUGAGAGAGAACAAGUUUGACCUUGUAAUAAGUGAUGUGCACAUGCCAGACAUGGAUGGAUUUAAGCUUCUUGAGCUUGUGGGACUGGAAAUGGACCUACCUGUCAUAAUGUUGUCCGCAAAUGGUGAUACAAAGCUUGUGAUGAAGGGGAUUUCUCAUGGAGCUUGUGAUUAUCUACUAAAGCCUGUGAGAAUUGAAGAGCUCAAGAACAUUUGGCAGCAUGUGAUUAGGAGAAAGAAGUUUGAUUCGAAGGAGAAGAACAAAACCAGGAACUCCGACAAGCCUAGUUCGGAGGGCGGCAAUGUGCUAGGCUCAGCAGGAACAGGAAAUUCAGAACAAAAUGGGAAGCUGAAUAAGAAAAGGAAGGAUCAGGAUGAUGAAGAAGAUGAGGAGCAAGAUAAUGGCCAUGACAAUGAGGAUCCUUCGGCCCAGAAGAAGCCUCGUGUUGUUUGGUCCGUGGAGCUUCACCGCAAGUUUGUUGCUGCUGUUAAUCAGUUAGGCAUUGACAAGGCUGUACCUAAGAAGAUUCUUGAUUUGAUGAAUGUUGAAAAACUGACGAGGGAAAAUGUGGCGAGCCAUCUCCAGAAAUAUAGGCUUUAUCUGAAACGAAUCAGCUGUGUAGCGAACCAACAGGCGAAUAUGGUGGCGGCCCUAGGGAGUGCAGAUCCAUCCUACUUGAGAAUGGGUUCUCUGAGUGGCGUUGGACAUUUGCAAGCAUUGAGUGGCUCGGGACAGUUUCCUAACAAUGCUUUCAGGUCCUUUCCGCCGAAUGGGAUGGUUAGCAGAUUGAACACUCCUGCUGGAUUGAAUGUGCAUGGAUUCCCUUCUUCAGGAGCAUUUCACUUGGGUCAAUCACAGAAUCUAAACAGCUCAACUGUUGAGCAGCUGAAGUAUCGGUCGUCCAUUGUUCCUGUUAAUCAGAAUGGUGUUCAUGGAAUGCAGGUGCCUAUGGGGCUUGAUCCAUUGCAACACAAUAAGGGUGUUAUUCCUGUUCAGAACUUGACCACUGGUAUUGAUGCUAAAACAAAUUUUCCUGUCUCAAAUAAACUCCCGGAUCCACAAUCAAGAGUAGCAUCCGGCGCGCAUCCCCCGCUUCUUGGUAGCUCAAACAAUGCCUUGAUGUUGGAAGCACGGCCACAAGACACACAAGGGGUUUUAGAAUACGAAAACUUAUCUUCUUCGGUACCUUCCCAACAUUCAGAACUCCCAUUCUCUUUGCUGGAUCAAGGUAGAUACAGUGAUAAUUGGUCUAGUGCUGUGCAAUCAUCUGGGAUCCAGACCGGUUCUUACCCUUCAAGCGAAAGUUUUAGACAGACGGCAAUACCUGCUACAGAUAACAUGGCUUCUUUACCCUUGCAAGAAGGGAAUCUGAGUGUUUCUUCAUCCAUCUCUUUGCUGCCUAACCAGUCCUACAAUUCGUUGAUAGAUACACACUCCCAAGCUGUGAUUUUAGCUAAUAGAACUGGUCAUGUAAGCAAUAGUGAUGUGCCAUUUCAAGGUUGGGAUGAUCGCAAUGAAGAUGCUAGCUACCAUUCAAAUGCUGUUUGUAACACAAUAAACACUGUGGCCCCAGGUUCGAGUUCUGUUGGUCACACAACAAUAAACUCAACCUUACACAGAAACUUGGAGUUUAAUUAUGGUGAUAGCUUGCAAAUGAAGCGCGAUGCGAUGACAAAGUUAGCGAAAGAGACCUCAUUGAAACCGCAUCAGGUGAAUAUCAUGAACCAGCAGAAGUCUCAGCAGGGUAACUUCUCUAAUAAUGUUGGUUCCCUGGAAGACUUGGUCAGUUCAAUGAUGAAACAGGUAACAACAUCUAUGCAUUAUAGUGAAGAUUGAAGGAUCCCUAUAGAAGUUUGCUUUUGGAGCAAGAUGAGAUGAAAAUAUUGGAUGGAGGCUUCAUUUGUGAUAAUUAUUCUGGUGGCAUAUCAAUGUGAGAGCAAGUUUGACAAGUACAUAUAUAUGCCAUUCUUGUUAGUGAAUUUCGUAUUGUGACGGGGUUAUCGGUCAUCAUGUUUAAACAGUUUUGUCUUUGUAUCUUUCUUUCCGUAGGCUGUAACUUGUCUUAGGUUUCUUUCUUUUUGUUAAGGGCUUUCUGUUGUCAUUGUCCAUUCCCGACAAUAUGCCUUAAUGGAGUCGGUCAUGUCGUUGAAAAUUUCCUAGAAGAUUUGUUAUUGGUCCAUAAAUAAGAAUAAGAUGAUGAUUACAAUUAAAGACAAGAAAGACGGGUUCAUUCCCCUAUAUAUAUGUUUUGGUUUUGGCCUGCUAAACUAAAUGGGAUUCAUGUCAUUAGGUAAAGAAAAAGAAAAAAGAUAGAUACAGAUAAUAAUAUGGUUACACUUUGACAUGACAGAAGAAAUGUUUUCCUACCGACAAUAACAACAAUAGCUACCAAUGUUAUGAUAUGAUAUGAUAUGAUCUGAGUGACAUUUCCACCACGUGCCAUAAUCUCAGCCAUUUACAAAUCGUUGACAUUCUCGACUCUCGAGGCACUAUUGCAGCGUUUGUUGACAUUCCGUACCCGCGAAUCGUUC